AUGACUGCAAUUACUGCAAAAAAAAAAUCGCAAGAACAACAAUUAUCACCAACAUUGCAACAGUCAGAUCAAUUGUUGCUUGGAAAAUCAGCAAUUGAUGAUAACGAUGAUUUAUUUGAUGAACUUGGGCUUGCAAAUACA